UCCCUAGAGCCCAACCCUGAGAACCUCCUAUGGUUCAAGUAACAGGCCUUCCCGGGGCGGGGAUUUGGUUUGUUGUUCUUGCUUUUUUUUGUUUGUUUGUUUGUUUGUUUAUUUUUGAGAGACAAUGUGCCAGCAGGGGAGGGGCAGAAGGGGGGCGCGGAACAGGAUCCAAGGCUGGCUCUGGUCUAACAGCGGAGGGCAUGAUCUGGGCUGGAACUCACCAACCCGGAGAGCAAGACCUGAGCCAAGGUCAGAUGCUUAUCCCACGGAGCCACCCAGGCGGCCGCUUGCUGUUGUUUUUUACAGUGUGUUGUUUGUUCCCGGAAACAACUUGGUUGAACCUUCCUUUGCCUUUUUGCUGAUUCCGCCUUACUUGCUGACGGGACCAAAACUCCAUACAGCCCCUUGUACUGACUUUUUUUGUAUGCCCGUUUAAAAAUAUGAGCCCCUUGUAGAACAUUAGAAGGCAGUGACUCUUAGAAAUGUAAUAAAUUAGCAUCCCUUAUCUAACCUCGAAGAGGGUAACACUCAUUUAAAAAUAUUGAACAGCUGCUACAUGGAAGGCAGAUGCUAUGGUAAAGGGAGAGUCAAUCCGACCUUCACAGAGUAGGAGAAAGGGUGCUUCCUGUGGAACUGGUUAUGAUGGAAGGAGAGGUCCCUUUUGUCUUCAUUGUUGCUUAGAUGAUAAAUGCUGAAGAAAUUUAACCUGAAAGAGAGAGCCUUACAUAUCUGGGAGUUUAGAAGAGCAUUUGGAAGUGGGCAAGUGCUUCCAUUCUAUUUAACUCGGUGAUGGGAUCACCAGCCCAGAACAGGAACUUGCUGUUUAGUGUCCCUGGCAGGUGUUCUGUCCAAAUUUGUAUUUUCAUGAUUUUUGUUGGACAUUUGUUAAAAACUGAAUGGUAGAUGGUACACUUGAUCAGAAGGUGCACUCUGCUCUCUGAGUUUUAUGUUAAGUAUUACCUUAAGUAAAAUAGAAAUCUUUGAGUUACAAAGCUGGUUUAAAACGUUUAUCCCUGUUUUUAUAGACAAUGGUGGGAAUUUAUUUUCUUUUCCUGAAACAGUAGUGGCAGUAAAAAGUUUAAAAAUAUUUCAGGGGUGUGUGGGUGGCUCAGUCGGUUAAGCAGCCGACUUGGGCUCAGGUCAUGAUCUCCCCCUUGGAAGGUUGGAGAGUCAAGAGCCUGCAUCAGGCUCUGUGCUGACAACUCAGAGCCUGGAGCCUGCUUCAGAUUCUGUGUCUCUCUCUCUCUCUCUCUCCGCCCCUCCCCUGCUCGUGCUCUGUUUCUCUCUCAAAAAUAAAUAAAGGUUAAAAAAUUUUUUUUAAUGUUUCAAAAUAGGGAAGCUACCAGGAAAGUGAUAGUUUGUCAUCUUAUUGUAUUUACAUACUAUUUCCUUUCACCAGUUGUUCCUAGACUACUAUCUAGCCUCAUCUCCUAACUCUCUCUUCCCUCAUCCCGGUUUACCCCGCUCCGGUGGUUCUCAAUCCUGGCUGCACCUCAGAACUACAAGUAGAACCUACAAAAAAAUAAAUAAAUCUAGGGACUCCACUCCAUAUACAUUUAAAUCAGAAUCUCUGGGAGUCAAGUCUGGGCUUGUUUUUCCCCCCACUAUUUGUUUUCUUUUAAUCUGUACAGAUGAUUCAGAUGCAUAAUUAGGUUUGAAAAAACAAAUGCCUUAUUCCCAAGCCAUUUAAACUAAAGGCUGUUCCUUGGAUGAACUACAAGAUUUUUAUCCUUUACAUUUGCUAUUCCUUUUUACUUAGAACACCCUUCUCUUUUUCCGCUUAUUUAUUUGCUGCUUAUUUAAGAUCUUUAAAGCCAAUCAUAACUUUCCUUGAAUCCCCAUCCCCUCACCAGACAGAAUUAAUUGCUUCUUCCUUAGCAUUUUGUUCACACAGAAGCAGCCCUCUCAUUGAUGUACUCUGGACCCAUAACCUACUAAUAAAUUGAAAAAGUCAAUUAAACAUUGAAGGUAUUAUUCAUAUUUUUUUAUUUUUUUUAAUAUUUGUUUAUUUUUGAGUGAGACAGAGAGUGGGCAGGGGAGGGGCAGAAAGAGAGAGAGAGAGGGAGACACAGAAUCCAAAGCUGGCUCCAAGCUCCGAGCUGUUAGCACAGAGCCUGACUCAGGGCUUGAACCCAUGAACCAUGAGAUCAUGACCUAAGCCGAAGUCAGAUACUCAACCUACUGAGCCAUCUAGGUGCCCUGAAGUGUAAACUUUAUAAGAAUGAACUUGAUCGUAUAUGACUUUUCUCUAAAUAAAGCUUUUUUAAAAAGUUUAUUUAUUUUGAGAGAGAGAGAGAGACAAAGAGCACAUGCAAGUGGGGGAGGGGCAGAGAAAGAGGGAGACAAACAAUCCCAAGCAGGCUCCAAGCUGAGUUCAAUGUGGGGCUCUAACUCACCAAUCCUGAGAUCCCCACCUGAGCUACAUGAUCUGAGAUGAAGUUGGAUACUUAACCCACUGAACCACCCAGGCACCCCAAAGCUAUUUUUUGUUUGUUUGUUUUUUGUUUUUGUUUUAUGUGUUUUGGUCAGUUUAACCCCGAGAGUCGUGAUAGAAAUAUUACAUAAAUAUCUUAAACAUUUUGUUUUAGCCUGAAACAACUAUAUGCUCAUUUGCCAAUCUACUGAGAAAGCCAUGGCGUUUUCUUUGCACAAGUUCUGCUGAUUAGAGUUUUGUGUGGCAUUUCUUGCAUAAACUACACCUCUAAACCAUCAGCAAAGAUUUCCUAAGAUUUUAUUCCUUUAAGAGGAAAAUAAUUUAAAGGCACUUGCAGAGCUGUCUGAGUGCAGAUUUCUCCUUUAUAAUCUUUUAUUGUGAUCUCACACAUUCAAACAACUCACAGUUUGGGGGUCUUUCCAGAAUAUUAAACUUUAGAUUUUAAAGAAACAAUGCAAUUUAUUUCCACACUAUUUCAUCGCUUUACAUAUUACUAAGUUAUGAAAGCACAAUAACAAGUACAACUGGCAUAAACAGGUUUGGGAACAAACACAGGUAACUCAGUGUCAGAUUGUACUGAUAGGAGCAGAAGUAGACAGAUUCACGGGAGAGUAGUUUCCUAACCAGUCAGCAUGAUGUGGGAAUUAGCAGGUUAUGAUUUAUAAAGGAAAUAGAAUGAGUUAAUUGGUUAGAGUUUUUAGUGUAAGUAGACUAAGAGAGCAACUACUAUACCUCUACAUUUUAAUUAUUUUACUGUGUGUCUAUCGCCUUCAUAGAGACAUAGAGCAUUCUGAGGGCAGAGAUAGUGCCUGGCUAUUAAAGGAAACUUUGGGGGAAUCCCUAAAAGUUCUUCUGUCACCAUAUAAAUCUUUAAUCUUCUUAUGAAAACAAAUGAAAUUCUGAAAAACGAACAGUUGUUUUUAGGACAUUUACAUUAAUUCAUGGGUCCCUCAAGAAAAGUAAAUGUAAUAUUGCACAUUUCCUUGUUAAAAGCUUAUAUUAAUUUCCUAAGGCUGCCAUAACAAAUUACCACAAACUGGAUAGCUAAAAGCGACAAAAAUGUAUUCUCUCGUAGUUAUGGAAGGAGAAGUCCCAAAUCUAGGUGUUCUCAUGACCAUGUUUCUUUCAAAGUGUCUCAUUUUCGUUGCCUCUUCAGCUUCCGGUAGCUCCAGGUGUCUCAUUCCUUGGCUUGGGGCUCCAUGUCUUGAGCCUCCUAUGGUCUUCUUAAUGUGCAUCUGAAUCUCAAAUCUCCCUCUACCUUUCUGCUGUAAGAACACUUGUGUGGAAAUAACGGCCAACCAUAUGAGAAUAAGCAAAGAUUAUUUACUCAGAGUUUGCUAUGGCAAGGAAGUCAGCCACCAUCACUUGUGGGUUGGCAAAGUAGGAAAGCUUUAUAGUGGAAAAAAAGGAAAUCUUCAAGUAUACCCUGAUUAGAGGCAAUUGGCAUGGGGAAGCUGUAAGUGGGCUAACUAGAAGCAAGGCAUCCUAUGCGAUUGGUUAAGUGUGCAUAUUUGGCUUUCUCUGAUUGAUCCCAAGAUAGAAGUGGUGACAAAAAUUAGGGAAGCUGUCAGUUAUUCAGCAAACCAGCAAACACUGGUCAUUUGGGGCCAGUUGUUACAGAAGUUUUUGUUUGGCUUCUAGAAUUGUUAUUAGAGAUAGUGGUCUGGCUUCCUACAAGCCUGGCUUAUAGACAGCAGGAUGGUUUCCUGGUCUGGUUACUGUAGGAAACAGGUUGGUUUCCUGAGUUGGUUGCUGCCAAUUGUAGGUCAGAAUUCUGUAUUUAUAUAUGGUCUGCCCACUGUUUGCAUAGCCCAUCUCUCACCUGUCAUUGGAUUCAGGGCUAAUCCUAAAUCCAGGAUGAUCUCAUUUCAAGAUCCUUAACUUCAACUGCAAACACCAUUUUUCCAAAUUAGCACAUUCACAGAUUCUGGAGUUUGGGACAUGGACAUAUAGGUGUGGGGGCACCAUUCAACCUACAAGCUCCUCUUGGUUUAGAAAUCAUGCUUACUUGUACACAGAGUAAAAACAAAAAACAAAAAACCUUGCUUCUUACUGUCCUGAAUGAAACAUGUAGGUAGGUUGUGACUGGAUUUCAUCAUACACCUAUCAUUUCUAUUUGAAACAGUUGCCUAGCUAUCCCUUAAAGCUUGGAUUCAAGCUGCGGAUCAAUCUUUGUAUGUUUACACUUUAAAGCAAGACAUCUUGGUAGUCUAUUACUAGUGGACAGAGAAAUCUCACCUUUUGUAGAAAGCUAGAAGCAGGGUGGUUAAUGUAUUAAUGUUGCCUGUAUUGUCUUUGAUAGGAAGUUAAGGAACACUGCAAAUCCUGGUUUUUUUCUUUCUGGUUUCAGCAUCCUGAAACCUUAAUCACAUUGCCUAGUCAAAGAAGAGAGUAAUGACUACUCUUAGCAGAUCCCAACACACUAGUAUAUAAUAGGCACAAAAAAGGUGAAUCAAAAAGGGGGAAGAGACACAGAAGAAUGUCAGGCAACAGAGAAAUGAAGAGUCAAGGAGUUCCUGAAGAAGCUCUGGCUAACCGAGGCACAUCUUCAUUAACUGCUGCUGUAGAGCAAGUUGCAAAGCAACAACAGUCACAAACAUCAGAGAUAGAAAAAAAUAAAAAAGUUCUAUUCCAUUUGCAGGAUGAACUCCAUGAGCUUGAAAAACAAAUAGCAUCUGUCUCUGCAGAAACUAAAGAAACAGAAAGGCAAAUUUAUCAGCAAGAUGCUGCCAUCGAGAAUACCAAACUACAGUGUGGGAACCUGGAAACUCAAAUCAAAUCCUUACAUACAGAAAAUGUAAAGCUUAAAUUUGACAUAGAAGGAGCUCAAGAAGACUUUGAGGAACACAUGAUAAGAUAUAAUGAAUAUUAUGCAAAAAUAAAAGAGCAUAAAGAUAGUUUGUGGGAGGCUGGAAGCAAAAGGUCAUUCAUGACUACACUCCAUGAAAAACGAGAUCUUGUUAGAAAACUAAAAACAAUGAAAGAGGAACUUAUGCAAAAUCUCAAAAAUCCAGAAGGAAACCACAUAAAACAAGCACAGGAAGACAUUAUAAAGCUGAAGGCUAAAAUUAUAGCUGUAAAAGAAUCUAUCAUUGAAAAAACUUUCUUUCUUGAGGAAGAAGAAAAGACACAUGAAAAAUUAAGAAAAGAAAUAGAGGUACAACAUAAGAGAUAUAAUGCAAUUCUUAAGCGUUUGCAUUGUCAAGUGAACAAGCUUCGGUCAAAUAGAAGACAAUGGCAAUCGAACAUUCAACAACUGGAAAAAACUGCCGCUGAACUGAGAAAACGCAUUGGAAUGAAAUACUAACGUGGCUAAAGGGCAAUGUAGAACAUAGACUAUGCCAACAAAACAGAAAAUUCUUUGGAUUCUUAACAACCAGCAUCUACUACCAGAGGUCUGUCUUAAUAACAGAUGUAUUUUCUCUCUCUCUCUCUCUCUUUUUUUUUUUUUUUUUGAAUCAGUUACCUGUUUACCUUCCAAGCCUACAAUUGACAACAGUAGAGAGACAAUAGGAAUGCUUAUGUAAGAAUAGUGCAAGAUUCUAUAUAAACACUUUGAGUGUAUAAGAUAAACUAUACUCAUGAUUCUUAUUUUAUAAAUGUGUUGUUUGCACUAUCAUAUGAGGUAAAAAUUUAGAAGGAAAGAAACACUUGAAGUUAUAAUGAUUUAUUUUAAAUGAUUUAUUUUAAAUGAUUUAUUUUAAAUGAUUGUUUCAAACAUUUUAUUAAAACUUGCUUUUUUACCGCUGCCUUCACAGUAGU